GGGGUUUGGUGCGUGUUUAGAAAUAAGCAGCGGCGAACAGCAGGAUCCGCGCGAGAGAGCGAGGAGUCUGGAGCCGUUAACGGAGAGGGAAAGGAAGCGGCAAUAACCGGCCUCUGAAAUGACCACGACCACCACAUACCAGGGCCUGGACUCGACAGGCCGCAGCAGCUCCAGCAGAGUGUUGCAGCCUCCUGGUGGUGGAUCCAGCAUCUCAUUUGGGGUGGAGGAAAAUGUCAAGCCAGUGCAUUCUCGUUCAAACAAAACAGCAUCGAAUAUCUUUGGGCCACCAGUGGAAAACCAGCCUGUGGCUAGAAGAAGCAACCCACCAGGUGGAAAGAGCAGCGGCAUCUUUGGAGCAGCUACCACUGAAACACCAGAUCCAAAGCAACGGAGAAACCCUCCUGGUGGCAAGACAAGUGGCAUCUUUGACACUGUGAAAACACCCCCAAGCACUCUGGACUUCACAACUGGGAAAGAUGAAAAGUGCCCAGAUUCAUGUGGACACUGAGGCCAAUAUCAGUCUCAUAUCCCAGCAGAAAUCGACCAGACCAACUCACUUACAGACCUGGCAUCUUGUUUGUGUGUCUAAAUUAUAAAUCAGCCAGUGGGAAUACUUAAGCUUGUUACCAUUGGGGAUGCAUAGUCUAUCUAGAUGGUGGGAGAAAGAGAAGUGACUCCUAUGAAAAGACUGGAUCUAAACUGUUUUUUUUAUUGCAGGUUUCUUAUUGAGAUGGUGACAGUAGCUGCAGUUAUUUCACUAUUAGGAAAAGUACUUGUAAUUGUUGCACUGUUUGUUGAGGAUGAACCUUGGUCUCCUAUCCAUGCGUGGCCAUGGCUGAGGGAAUAUGGAUUUAAUCAUUAUUGCACUCCAGUGACUUCUCUCACUAGAGGCUCUUCAAUUCUCAGGUAGUCAGGAGAUUAAAGCCAUGACUAAUUAAACUGCUAGAAUUUUGCAGCAAGGAGUUAGCACCUAGCCACCCUUUGGUGGAUUUUGCAGGGAAUCUUGCUUAUCUGUUGCAUUUUUUUUAAAUGCCUGUUAGUAAAUAGACUGGCACAGACAGGAAGGAGUGGGUUCCUUUAGAAAACCAGAACUGUGGAGGCUAUGAUAAAUACAUGGCUGUUAGGACACUUACUAUGUGCUAAUUUCCCUGAAAUCUAUGCAUCCUAGCUAAUCUGUAUUUUAAACACAGUAGCAAGCUUUGGCUAGAAUUGCUGACUUCUGCAUGUUGAAUCUUUAAACUGGACUUCCACUGUUAAACCUGAAAUUUUUCAAAGUGGCUUUAUACAGGCUUCAGGUUGCAGCAUUGACCUCUUCAGUGCUUUGAGAAUAUUGAUUGUAGUCUAGUUAAAUGCUAACUCCGUAUAAGUGGUCUGAUUUUUACAGCUUCUAAUGUCGUUGUGACAUGGUUCAGACAUCUCUUCAUUCAGCUUGUUGUCUUUGUUAGUUUGCAGUUAACGAGCCUAUCCCUAUCCAAUAAAGCCAGCGCAGGGAGAUGCUGGUUGAGCUGAUAUCACUCUCUUGCUAGUCAUUUUAGUUCAGGUUUGGAGAGACUGCUGUCCUGUCUAUUUUGCUUGUAAUAACCAGUUAUCUUAUCCUAUUCUAAUUAUACGAGGGAAUGUUUGAGUCCACCCUCUAAUUUAAGACUGAAGGUCCAAACUUUUGUAGCCUGUUCUUAGUCUACCUAGUCUCAAUACCAGUUGGAAGGAAUUAUGCACCACAAGCAUUUCAGAACAGUACUCAUUUAGUGCAUCGGGACUUGAAUAACAUUGGUAGUAUGGCUGAUUACAGCUCUACUUGCUGCUGGUAUUUUACUGAAUACAAGCUUUGAACACCUUUCAGUCAACUGUGGUAUCUGCACCUGACACCUGAAUUCAUUGGCAGAUCAGUUAAACAUCUAGACUGCUUUAAUGCACCUUAUACUUCAGUGUGUGAACAUUUUUUGCCAGGAUUGUUACACACCUCUUGAAAAUUGUCCAACUUGAGCCUGAAGCUCACUGCCAUCAUUCCAUGGAUAGUGUAACUUCAUGUCUGCAUUAUUUUUAAUUCCCAUUGUGCCUUGUACAAUCUUUUUCAUACAUGUAUUUUCAUUCAUCCACAUUUUAAAUCUUAAAUUUUUAAAAAUUGAAGCAAGAACUAUAGUUUUUUUUUUGAGUUCUGGUGAGCUGUGCAGAAAAAUGGUUUAACAUGAGCUGACAAUCAUAAACCAAAUUUCAAACAGGAUUCUGAGGUGCCAGCAGGACAUGUUUUUGAUCUGUUUCAGUGACGUGGACACAAUUUAAAUAUAAAUGAGUGAGCAUGCUCAGAUACUUGGGUUAAUGAUGGCUGAAGUGAGUCUAUCCCUCCAAUUGCCUUAGUUUUGCCCUCACUUAAUUUGUUCACAUCCUAUUGUAACUUGCUGCUCCCUCCUAACUUGUAUCAUCUACAAAUGUGGAUAAAGGAACAGAUAUAAUAUCCAGUCAAAUGAAAGUUGAGUCUCUAGAACACCCCCUGGUGGGGGAGGGAGGCACCACUUGUUGCACCCCACCAAUCGGAGUGUCUUUCUUUUAUAUCCACUAUCUCCAGAGUUAAAAGAUUACCUCCUUUGUGUGCUCUCAUUUUUGCUGAUCUCUUAUUUAAAAUCUUAUUACUUAUUUGUCUUAAUCAAAGUGACGCUGAACAAUUCAAGCUGACACUCAUCAGCUCAUUUGUUCAAAUGCUUAGUCAUUCUAGCCCUAAUGACUAUUCUAAUUUCCCAACAACUGACAUUAAAUUGACGGGAUAAAAGCAAAAUACUGCGGAUGCUGGAAAUCAAACAAAAACAAAAAUAGCUGGAAAAAUUCAGCAGGCCUGACAGCAUCUGUGGAGAGGAAGAUGGUUAACGUUUCAAGUCCGUAUGACACUUCAUCAAACUGACAGGACUAGUUAUCUGGUUUCUUUCACCAAUCUUAAUUAAUGGGAUGAUGUUAACAAAUUUCCAAUUUAAUGGUACAAUUUGGAAUUAAAGGAACUUAAAAAAAAUUAAUUAUCACUUCUGGAGUUACAGGUCCGGGAUUUUUAUCCUUCUGGAGUCUCAUUAUUUUUCUCCAUUACUGUUUUUAUAUUCUUAUUGAAUUCAAUGAGUCCCUCCUUUUAUUAUUUUCCUUUCUAUCAGUAGUAAUUUACUGUUCUCAUCCUUUAUUGUGAAAACGACUAAAGUACUCAUUUAAUAAAUCUGCCAUUGCCUUGUGUUA